GUCAGAUAACGUUCACACGACAGACACGCAAUGAUUCAAUGAAAACUACAGACAUUUCUAGCUUCGUUGGUCGAAUUCAUGUGAAAUCUGCUGUUAACGCAUGACAAAUUGGGUGACUGAGCGAGCGACAGAUGAGUGACAGCACGGACACCCAGCUUUUUCACCUGGUGGACAUCUGAACUCUGGAAGAGUGAGGUGUGUGAGGAAGAUGCUGGGCUCAGAGCAGGGAGGAGUGGUGGAGGAAUGGUUGUCAGAAUUCAAGACUCUACCAGAAACCCACAUCUCCACCUAUGCAGGCAGCCUUCACCUAAAGAAGUCUCUGGUGCCAGCUCUCUACAGAGUCAUCCAGGACAGCAGCAGUGAGCUCCUUGAGCCUGUCUGUCACCAGCUGUUUGAGAUGUACCGGAGCUCUGAGGACCGCCUGAGACGCUUCACACUGCAGUUCCUUCCAGAGCUGGUCUGGGUGUACCUCCGCAUCACCGCCAGCAGGGACCGCCAGAGCAACGGCUGCAUAGAGGCCUUGCUGCUGGGCAUAUACAACCUGGAGAUUGUGGACAAAGAUGGGAACAGCAAGCUCCUGUCGUUCACCAUCCCCUCCCUGUCCAAGCCCUCUGUGUAUCACGAGCCCUCCAGUCUGGGCUCCAUGGGUCUGACCGAGGGAGCUCUGAGUCAUCAUGACCUCAUCAGGGUCGUCUACAGCGGGCUGCACCCUCAGAGAGAAACUUUCACUGCCCAGAACAGGUUGUGUGUAUGUGGUUUCCCGCAGCAGCAGCAGAAAGUGUGGAGAGAGCCGUGUAACCGUGUGGUCCUGGACCCAGAGUUCAUGGUCCAGAUGCUUACCGCCGUGUACCAUGCCAUAUAUAAUGGCGAGUGGGAGAUGGGGAAGGAAGCUCUGGAAGACAUCCUCUACAGAGCUCAGCUGGAACUCUACUCUCAGCCCCUACUGCUGGGUAACGCUAUGAAGAGUUCCCUGCCAGACAACGCUCCAGACGAGACGCGAGGCAGGAAGGUCCUUCAGGUGGAUGUCACUCCAACCGUCAGUCGCAUCUCCCGCUCCGCCAUCACUGCCGCAUCCAUCAGACGACACCGCUGGAAGAGGGAGGAUGCUGAUGGGAUGAGUGUAGGUGAGGAGUCAUUCAACCUCAACGACCCAGACGAGGGUUUCUCCUCAGGGGCUUCCAACAGCAGCCAGCCCAGCGCCACCAAGCCUGGGGGCCCCGGGCCCCGGGGGGGCAGUCAGAAGAGCAGCAGCGUCAAGAAGACUGUCACUGCCAGACUGUCCCGAGAGAGAGAGCGGGAGCUGAUGCAUAGGGAGAAGGAGAUGGAGAAGAUGAAAGAACAGGAGAGAGCGAGGGAGAAGGAGAGAGAGCUGGAGAGAUGGAGGGAGAAGGAGAGGCAGAGAGAGAGGGUGGCAGAGAGUCGCAGGGAGCUGUUCUCCGCCGUGGUGGCCACUCCCACAGCAGCUCUGAGACGACGUCAGCAAACACAGACCCCUUCCCCUGCUCCUCCCCCCGUCACCAUGGACACCAUCGACAUCGAGCUCAGCCCAAUCAAGAAGCCGCAGUCCUUCCCUGGCCCCUGCCCCAGCCCCUCCCCCGGCACACUGGUCCGAACAGCCAGCACCGCCUCCUCCAAGUCGUUGUAUGAAGGUGUGAACAUGAACCUGAACGGCAGCAUUAGUAGCCUGGGGGGGGCUCUGGGAGGUUCUGGGGGGCUGGAGGGGGCUCUGGGAGGGCUGGGUGCCAGCGUGGGGGGAGGAGGGACCCACCGCUACUCCACCAUCAGUCUGCAGGAGGAGGUGCUGGCCCGGCCUGAGGAGAACCAGGAGCUACUUUCCUCGGGAGCGCCCCUCACCAAGCAGUCCCGCUCCCCCAGCUUCAACAUGCAGAUCAUAUCACAGGUGUAGCCUAGCCUGGUGGGGUUGGCGGGGGGGCCUGGCAGGGCGGGACCUGGUGGGGAGGUAGACUCGCGCACACACAUAUAGACACACACAAAUUAAUACAUCCAUAUAUAUACAGGUGU